AUGGACAGGGCAUCACAGCGCUUUUAGCAGCCUGUUAAAAGCACAAAUAUCCCCAGCGAUUUAACAUCUUACAAAGGAAAACUGCCUUCUAUGUAUCUUUAUUUCUUCCUUUUUUAUUUUUGUGGGAGUCGCAGACGAAGGAGAGUUACAGAUGCCAACCAGCAAGACAGGAGGUGUGGCACCGUGGCCGUGUCCUGUUUGCCGUGGGACGUGGACAGGUCACUUUGCUUCUGAAGAUGUGAGGGGGGGAAUAAAAAGAAGCCAGGAGUCUGUGCAACUUCAUACGUCACACGUGAUCAUCACAGCAACUAAUUGUCGCCCUUAAGUAGCGGACUUUUACCUGCGCACCUCGUGGAACUUGGAGACGGGUGCGCUCCAUGUUGCAUCUAGGACACACCGGUACCGACGGUGCCGGCGGGACGUUGAACUGACUAAUAUUCCUUAUCAUUAAACGAUCAAUACAUCAGCGGGGACUUGAAGCGGGCAGCUUCUUGCUGGUAGCCGAGUGAUGCCGGACACGUUAAUGCUCCUGAAGAACCGGACAGAGCCACGGUUAGGGCAGCUGGAGCACAACCUGCCCGCGGAAGGGACCACCCGCCCCGCCUGGGUCAUCGCUAUCCUGGCCAGUGUCUUGAUCUUCACCACUGUGGUGGAUGUGCUGGGGAAUCUGCUUGUCAUUAUUUCGGUGUUCAGGAACCGAAAGCUAAGGAAUGCAGGUAAUGUGUUCGUGGUGAGUCUGGCGUUUGCUGACCUUGUGGUAGCCUUCUAUCCCUAUCCCCUGGUCCUCUACGCUCUCUUUCAUGACGGCUGGGCCCUUGGAAACACUCAGUGCAUGGUCAGCGGUUUCCUUAUGGGUCUCAGUGUCAUUGGCUCCAUCUUCAACAUUACAGGCAUUGCAGUGAACAGAUACUGCUAUAUCUGCCACUCCUUCUCCUACAGCCGACUGUACAGCUACCGCAAUACCUUGCUGUUUGUUGCCUUAAUUUGGGUGCUCACGGUCGUGGCCAUCGUCCCAAAUUUCUUUGUUGGUUCUCUGCGCUAUGACCCACGGGUCUACUCCUGUACCUUUGCCCAGAAUGUCAGCAGUUCCUACACUGUGGCGGUGGUAGUGGUUCACUUUCUGGUUCCCAUCGCAGUAGUUACCUUUUGUUACCUUCGCAUUUGGGUUCUUGUCAUUCAGGUGCGACGCAAAGUGAAGACUGAAGACAGCCCUCGCCUCAGACCCAGUGACUUGCGAAAUUUUAUCACCAUGUUUGUAGUAUUUGUUCUGUUUGCCAUUUGCUGGGCUCCACUCAACCUGAUAGGUCUAGCGGUGGCGAUAGAUCCAACUCACGUGGCUUCACACAUCCCAGAGUGGCUUUUUGUUGUAAGCUACUUCAUGGCCUACUUCAACAGCUGCCUGAAUGCCAUCAUCUACGGUUUGCUCAACAGGAAUUUCAGGAACGAGUACAAACGCAUCGUCACCUCUGUCUGGGUGACCCGGCUCUUUGUGACGGAGACAUCGAGGGGCGCCACCGACGGCAGGAGCAUGAGGAGCAAGCAGUCACCACCACCGCCGCUCAACAAUAAUGAGUCAGUCAGAGAUCGUGCUAAUAAGGAAUAAACUUUGCAUUCUUGAUCAUGGUAAUUCCUUUUUUAUGUGACAUCAAGUAGUUGUGCAGCUAAAGAGUAAAAAGAAAGCAAUGAAACUGGAAAACAUGGCUUUGUUUUCCAAUUUGCAGCAUAGAUUUAAACUAUAAACACACAUAAAAGCUUUGGGAAGUGUCUGAAGUGCUUUUAGAAUUAGUUCAACAUCUUUUAAAGUGAUCAAUAUGGGUGUGUUGCUUUUUGUGAGUGAUUUUCCUCCACAGCAAAAAAGCCAAGUAUUGCAGUUUCAUUAUUUCAUUAUUACUCUAACAAACUGAAUGGUACUUUAAGAUAACAUUGAGUGAUAUCCUUUAACUUCUGCUGCUGGAGACUUGUUCCACGAUACUGGGUAAGCACCACUAGUAAACAUGCACCUCCUUUUAGUAAAUUCAAACGCCUCAAAUAAUUCAACUCGCCUCACCUGAAAGCUGUAGGAGGAGCUUUUCGUGACAGAGGUGAUACAAUGACAGAUAAUUAAAUCUGUCAUUUUGUUAUCAGUUUUUAAUGGUGGCAGUUAUGUAGUUAGAUUUACACACUCAGCCUAAAUGCUGCAGUAGGAUACACAAACCUUAUACUGCCUCGUUUGAUCUUUUUUGCACUAAAAAGAACAGGUAAAACAAGCUUAGUAAAAGAAAAUCUUAGUAAAUUAAUCAAGAUGUUCAUAAACUUUUUUUUCUAAAGUUAGAAACAGCAUCAAGUUACUUCACAGGUGCUAUGAUUUUUCUUUUUUUUAAAUCUUUUGUGUUUGAUGUGGCAUGUAGAGGAAACCUUAUAUUGUUGCUAUGUCAGACUAACAUGAAUAACACGCAGCUUCUAAAGUUAUUUCUAGUAUAAUGCUCUUUAAAAUAUAAGGCAUCAUUUUGUAAAAACAAAUCAAUAAAAAAAGAUUUUAAAACCUGGUUAAACAACUUAAGCACAGCUUUUGAAACUGAAAUUAAGAGAGUAAUAAUUGUCAAGCAUUGUCAGUUAUAUAACAGGUAGGUUAAAGUAGUGUUUAAAUACCUCCAAAUAAUAAUAAGAAAAGCUAAUUUUCUCUUUUGAUUUGUGUGGCGUUUACCAAUCAGGAACUGGUCGUGGUUGUGAUGUGGAGUGAGGUAGUGCAGCAGAGACAAAACUUUUUCCACAAAAUAAUUAGUCACCAACACCACUGACCUACUCAGAAAUUCACACCAAUGUACAUUAAGAGGGUGUCGGAAAAAAAUAUCUUAAUAUUUUGGUCAAUAUUGACAAAAGAGCAUUACAAAGUUUCUCUAAUUCAUUUUGUCACACAAUUAUUGCUUCUUUCUGAAUAUUUCAUAGUUUUUAGACCAUCCUCUUUUAAUCUGAAAUGUGGUUGUGUGUUAAAAUCUCAAUAGAUUAGGACUCUAGUUUAGUCAAACAUACCAACGAGCAUGGCACUUAAAAAACUAACCUAGAUCAUUGUUCAUCCUUACUCUGUUGCUCGAUUUACCUUUACCUGGGAAAACAUGCACGAGGAGCCAGAGAAAGACGGGGAAUCAGCACUGAGACACUGCACAGGCAGAGUAUUUAUGGGAGACUGAACAAAGACAGGACUAAUGAGCUGAUUGGGAGCAGGUGUGAACAGAGGCUCCUAGAAGGAGCUAGGGAAAAGGAGACCGGCAACAGAGGGCAAGCAAAGAAAAACCUAAGAACUCAAAUAUAUCCAGAAAACACCAAUAAAGCUAGAAAAAAAGAAAAACUUGAAUCAACGUGAAACUGAAAGCUAUCAGAAAUCUUAACAGAACCAGGAUCAUAACACAGAUUAGAUGGAAAAUCAGUAUAACAUCUGUUGUCUGCAGUGAGAACAUAUAGCCAUUAGCCAAAUCUUAACUCAUGUUCAAAAUGCUAUACUUUAAAACCAUAGCUUUAAAUAAAUCUGACCUUAUAAUAUCAACAGAUUUGAUACUUUGACAGUUAGAAGCAACUAAAAAGAUAUUCUUAAAGGAAACUACUGCAAUCAUUUAAAGCACUUUAAUGAGGGAUACAAAGAUUUUUCCUUAAAGAGGUCUGUGUACUGAUGUCAACUUUAAGUACAUCUAAAUGCAAUAACCAUAUAUUUUUUUUGGUUUCACCAAAUAGCCAAGUGCAGCUGCACUUGCAUGGUCUUUAUGCACACCAACACAUCACUAUGCAACUCAAAAAGCAGUGUUUGACGCAGUUGAAGGGAUUCACGGUGGUCGGUGUGAUUCAUAACAGAGUCCAUAAGCUCAGGACAGCUGUACUUCCAGAUGUCACAGUAUAUUACUGAUUUAUUAUGAACAAGAUAUAAAUGAUUCUGCUGGUUUUCAGUCUGCAUGAAAAAGCGGUUACAUUUGUUUUGGUCCACUAAGCUGGGAUCUGUUCAGCACCCAACCAACCAAAUAUCCUAUAUUAUAAUAACAGAAUAUACGUUAGACUGGUUUCCUCUGCCUCCUACAUCAUAUGCUGGACAAUAUGUAGAAGCCUCUUGUAGUUUGAGUUGUUAUUCUUAAUUCUAAUAUACUUAUGCAAAAUUUUAGACUUUCAUUUUUAAAGUAAUUUAUUUACUUUUUUUAAGAUUCACGAAAGAUACAUAUAUAUAUUUCCAGGGAUGUAGUAUUCCAAUGCUUUCACUGUGGAUUUAAAAAUAAGGGUAAAGAUCAGCUAUUUAUGGAAAAGUGAAGGGAGUAGGUCAUUUGUGUAUUAGAUUUGACAAACGAGUGGCAGUUUUUACCACUUUAUUGAAGAGCGAUUCAUACAACUCGGAUUGUGAAGAACAUACAGUACAGCUCAUAUCUGUAUUCCCAUCUCAGGGUGCCUAUUUAACAUUGUGUUGUUAUUUACACUUGUCCAAACAUUUGCAGUUGAUAAGCUGCAUUAUGAGGGAGUCUGAAGACAUUUCAAAGGAAUAUUUUGUAAAUUAGUGUCAUUGAUGUUUUUAA